CUCCUCCUCCGGCCUCUCGGCGACAGCAUAGACCAGGGAUGGGCAGCGAAAAGAGGAAGACGAGAGACCGUCAUGGAGCAAGGGGCAAGGCUUCCUAUGACAAGCCCAAGCCAUCCAUUACAGAUCCAGAGCUAGAAGAAACGGAAGACGCCGAUCAGUUUUAGUCGGGGCAUCUGGGGAUCAUCGGCGGUGAUUCGGACGAGGAUCAAGCGGAUUGCGAUCAGCCGAUGCAAGAAGCAACAGAGGAUCUCAACCAGCCGGGGAUCGUCGGCGAUGAGUUGGAUGAAGGACGUGGUCGGUCUGUCUACCUUGUGGCGUGCCACUGGGAUUGGUCCAGGUAUUCUAAGCCCUACUCCGUAUACAAUGUAGGCGUCACCGCCACUGCCACCGCCACUUCAUCUCCACCGCAGGCGAAGCGGAAGCGCCUGCGCCGGAUCACCCGCCUGCCCACCGCUGCCGGCGGUAAGAGCUUCACCUCCGUGCGGUCGAUCCACCGCGCGUGGAUCGUCGGUGUCGGGGGUGAUCCCGGCGACACCGUCAUCUUCGACACGAGGACAGAGAAGGUCGUCCAUGGCCCGGCUCUCAACUCCGCAAAAUGGUGCCCUGCCCUGAUGUCAGUGGGCGACAAGGUUUAUGCCAUGUCCAAGUCCCCCUCCUGGAUUGCAGACCCCGAUUUCCCGCCAUGGUUCGAGCUACUCGAUCUCUCCCAAUCCAAAGUCGUCGCUGCUACUGCUGGCCGCGGCUACCACCUGGAGGGAUGUUCCUGGAUUAAGCUACCGCAUCCACCUUGCUUCCCUUGGAAGCUUCGCCCGGUAGAUUACACAUUGCUGCCGGUUGUAAUCGUCAUGUCCUAUGUGGUGGUUGAUGCCUACAUAUUGGUAUCAUUCAAUCAGCCAUGGGGCACGUAUGCAUUUGACACCAACUCAAUCAAGUGGCACAAGGUUGAUGACAAGAGGCUACCUUUCACCGGAUGCGCCGCCCCACAUGGCUCUGUGUUCCUUGGCUUAUCGAAAGACAACGGACCCAUCAAUGCUUAUCGCAUCAAUGUCACAACUUCUGACAAGGAAUAUGAUCCUUGCUUAUCCAUCGUUGUGCUCCCGGUGAAAUACAUGGAACAUGAAGUUGAUGCAGGGUCAUGCUUCUUUUCCUUGGAGGAUGGACUCUUCUGUUCUUUACGUUUCUCGCUUGACAGCAGCAGCGUGAUUCGCUCCAAGAACCUUGAAGUUUUUCCAACCAAGGCACAUGUAGACCUGAGAACCUAUCAAACAGAGAACACUUCACCAUUGGAGGCUCCAGAGGAAACAUUGCUAGCAGUGAAGCCGGAGGUUACAGUCUGCAGCCAAUGGGAACAGGCCUUCAAGAUUUCCUGUUCAUCCCAUGGGUUCUCUCCCUUUGCAUUCGCUCUUUUGUCCAUAUAAGUAAGUCCCGUUGGCACCUUUUAUUUCAGAAUAUGUUCCUUAAGAACCCUUUUAGCUGCAAAUAUAAAAUGCCAUGUUACCUUAAUGCACGCCUGUUUCAUCGCUCACAGUUUCUACAUUUUAUAGGAUGUUUUUCUUGCACAGGAAUAUUACCUU